UUAAAUUCCCAAAUGAGUUCUAAAGAGAAGUAUAUAAGGAACAAUCGAAGAUUAAGAUCGGCUAGAAUCGAUCAUGAUUUUAAUACCCAAAUCAGUAGUAAAAGUAAUUCUUUAGAUUUUUCUGGAAUUUCUGAAUCUGGGGUUCGUCAAUUGAAUUCUGAGAGUGAAAUAGCUCAACAGUCAAACCCGAUUAAUGUCGGGUCGGAUGGGGAUUCGGGUUCGGGUUCGGGGAUUGAUGAAAGUGGGUUGAAUUGCUGUACUGAGGAUCAAUUGGAAGAUAUCUUGUUGCAAAAUUUGGAGGUUUUGUAUAGUGAGGCUGUUACUAAGCUUAUGGAUUUGGGUUAUGAUGAGGAAGUUGCUAUGAGAGCUAUAUUGAAAAAUGGUCAUUGUUAUGGUGGGAUGGAUGUUCUGACGAAUAUUUUACAUAACUCGUUGUCGUAUUUGAAUAAUGGGUAUGUAAAUAGCGGGAGUUCUUCGAGUGGGGAUGAAUCAGAUCAACCUUUUGUUGAUUUAAGACAGUUAGAGGAGUAUUCGUUAGCGGGUAUGAUUUGCUUGUUGCAACAAAUGAAACCACAUUUAAGUAAAGUGGAUGCAAUGUGGUGCUUGUUGGUUAGUGAUCUUCAUGUGGGUAGGGCGAGUGUGAUGGAAAUUCCUGAUGGGAGUGGUCGUAUUAAUGGGUCGGUGGGUGGUGGUAGUAGUAGUAGUACUAAUGUGGAGGGUGUUGCUACUGGUCCUAUUGGGGUUGUGCCCGCGAUGUGUAGGUUUCAUGGGGGCUGGGGUUUUGGGAAUAGCACUGGUAAUGCAUAUCCGUUAAAUAAGUCUUUUGCAAUUACCUCUGAUUCUAGUUCACCGAAAGAUAUUGAUUGUCCUAAGAGGUUUAACCUUACUCCGUCGAUGAAAACCUUGCUAAAGAGGAAUGUAGCUGCGUUUACGGCUGGAUUUAGGUCAAACCCUAAGUAUAUGCAGCGCCAGUCCCGGGUUUCCUCUAGUUCCCUGGCUGAUGGUGAUCAAUCAAGUGGGCUUGCUCAGUCGGGUGGCUCACAAACUUCGAAAAGCCAAGAUGUUGUUAACUGUGUGGUAGGUAAAUUUCAAGAUUUGAAUCUUGAUGAAAAUACACAGCAGCAGGGCAAGCGCAAUGAAGAUCUGGACCAGAAAGAUGAGAUGCUUCUAAGUUUGCUCGAUCAGAUAAAGGAUCUUGAGAAACAGGUCAAGGAAAGGAAAGAUUGGGCGCACCAAAAAGCUAUGCAGGCUGCUAGGAAGCUUAGCCAUGACUUGACAGAGCUGAAAAUGUUGAGGAUGGAGAAGGAGGAUAUCCAGAGAAUGAAGAAAGGUAAACCGGCAAUAGAAGAUGCUACCAUGAAGAAAUUAUCAGAAAUGGAGACUAGUUUAAGAACAGCAAGCGCGAAUGUUGAUCGGUCAAACAUGUUUGUGAAAACACUUCAGGAGGAGAACGCAGAAAUGAAGGCGGAGCUGGAGGCCUCGAAGCUAAGCGCUUCAGAAUCUGCGAAAAAAUGUGCGGAAGCUGCAAAAAGGGAGAAAAAGUGCUUGAAGAAGCUUGGUGUUUGGGACAAACAGAAAAAGAAGCUUCAGGAGGAAAUUGCAGCAGAGAAACAAAAAAUUUCAGACUUGCAAAACCAGCUGGCUCAGUCAGGGGUAGCUAUAAAGGAUGCUGAGGUAAAUUGGAGGCAGGAACAGAAGGCUAGGCAGCAAGCAUCGGCACUAGUGGACGAAGAACGACGUUUCAAAGAAGCAACCGAGGCUAACAACAAAAGGAAGCUUGAGGAAUUGCGCUCGAAGGCAGAAAUAGACUUCCAGCGGCACAAGGAUGACUUGCAAAGGCUUGAACAGGAUCUUUCUCGGCUUAGAGCAUCUACUGAGCUGCAGAAUCAGUCUGCUAAUGUAGUAACAGGUUCUAAUGCGGAACAGCAUCCCCAUGGAGAUAUUGCAAGGAUGUUACAUGAGUUAGCUAAUUCCGAGGAGAAUUCUCCUGUGAAGGAUGACUCUAGGGAGUGUAUCAUGUGCAUGAAGCAUGAAGUUUCAGUUGUUUUCCUACCUUGUGCUCAUCAAGUUCUGUGUUCCAACUGCAACGACAACUUUGGAAAGAAGGGAAGAGUUGCUAAAUGUCCAUGCUGCAGGGCUCCAAUUGAACGAAGGAUCCGUGUCUUUGGUGCAACAUCCUAGGCCUUCAUCCCAGCUUUUAUCAUGGCAUGCUCGUAAGCAACGGUCAUAGACCUUCAUCCCAGCUUUUAUCAUAGCAUGCUCGUAAACCGUCGUUUAGACUAUAAAACAAUGUUUUAUUUCCUGCAUUAUCUUAAAACUUAUGCUCGUAGAAGACUAUACUAUCUUCAAAUUUAUGCUCAUAGAACAUAUACUAAGCAAGCAGCAGCUCAUUGUGUUGUAAUGGGUACUUUUUACACAGGCAUUUCUGAAAAUGUUUUUCCCAUCGUAGAUGGGGUAAG